GAGAAAUGCGUAUAAUCUAGAAUAAUCUAGAUUCUAGUUCUAGAUUUACUUGUAAACAUAGAAUCUCGAUUGUUCGAAAUCUAGAUCUACGUUCUAAAAAUUUAGACUUUUAAUCAAAACAAUACAAGUAUGACUUCGGUAAUUAGAUCUAAUAAUGGUAAACAGGCUCGCAAAAGAGUAAGACCAAGCACUACUUCUGAAGUGGAUAACAAAACAUUUGAUGUUGACGGCUCAACACCAGCUAAACACAAUAGACUUGUCAAAUUGACAGAGUCAAAGAUGCAAGAAAAAAUAGUGUAUGACAUAAAUGUUGAACACUUUGUUGAGAGUCGAGCCACUGAGAUCCAAGCGCUCACACAGGCAGUGAAAGAUGUUGGAGGCAACCAUUUGGCUUUUCAGAAGCUACCCCGCCACAUGAGGAGAAGGGCAAUGAGUCAUAAUAUCAAAAGAGUUCCCAAGAGACUUCACAGCAUUGUCAAGCUAGAAUUGGAAAAAACUAAAGCUCCAGGAAAACGCCCAAGUCGUAAAUUCAGACGGCGUCCAAGUAAUCUUCUCUCAGAGUAUGAAAGAAGGAAGCGUAGGAUUGGCUGGCUUGAAACGCACAUUUGGCAUGCAAAAAGAUUUAAGAUGGUUGAAAAAUGGGGCUGUAAACUGGCAGUUCACCCUAAUGACAAAAGUGUCCGUGCUUGCUACAGAGCUGUCAACAAUCAUUGUCUAAUGCAGGACGUGUCAUUUGAAAAAUACAUUGAAAUCACAGGAUUAAGGGAGAAAAUUCUUACUGCUCUUUCCCAUUUGUGUAGUGAAAAAACAGGACCAACCUUUGCAUCAAAAUUGACAUCGUUGGGUACCCGCCAUGCCUCUUUGGUCUUGUAUAAGCAUGACAUGUACCCCUAUGGUGCCAUUGGACCAGUCAGCUACUUCUGGAGGCCAGCACUCCCACCCCACACAACUCAAUCAACCAUCUGGGUUGGCUGCCAUCUCUCUAUUUUCUCUCAAGUUUUUGAUGAGAUCACAAAAUGUUUUGACCUGGGAUCCUCCGAAGUAAUGGCAGAGGGAAGCUCAGAUGUUGUUGUUAGACCUUUAAAUAAUGAGCUGGUCAAACUCCGACUUUUUGGACCAGCUUCCAAUGUUGUGUUGAGUGAAACUUUACAGUUAUCUCCCAUGAUCAGCCAGUGCACAGACAGUCCAGCCCAAGGUAACGUUGACUUCUGGUGGAAGAGUUACUACUCGUCCUCCCUUCAACAAGAAUCCUUCAAGCAGCAAGCAGAUGUAUGGAGGGACCUUCAGUGUAGCACGCCAGGCCAGGUGCCAGCCAACAGCAUUCUGGGCCUGACUGUCAGGGACCCCAGGCUGUUGUUGCCCCCAAAGCGCAGCAAGGUCACACUAAUCAACAGUGGUUCAGCGGUGAACAGUUUGUCCACUCCCGCCUUCACUGAACAAGUAGCUGACAGCCCACUGUGGGACCCUGUCAUCAGAGAGAAAGUUAAAGCAACAAAGAUGGCAGAACAUCAGCUCAAUGAGAUGAGAAGCAAACACUUGAUACCAGGGACGCCAUUGGACCUGGGUGAGAGAGAGUCCCUGAUUCCUGUCAUUUUGAUGCACAGACCAGGAUCCAUCACAACUGGUGCCAGGGCUGGCUAUGCUGGGGGCUGGGACCUACUCGUCCCCUCAGGCUGGGCUAUGGCGUUCUGGGUAGCGCUGGUGUACAGAGGGGCCAGAACUGGGGGGCUCAGGGAGGCGCGGAGUGUGGCCCUACAAGCCAGAAUGCUGGCGGAGCCUUACGACUUCCCUGACACACCAUCUGGGCAAGAAGAACUGACAGGGGAGCUGCUAGCAUUAGAAUUAAAACACAAUCGCAGGCCCCCAGCCAAGCGCCCUAACUACACGAAGCUUGGGAUUACCUCCCCUUUUAGGUUUGAGUUUGGGAAACUUGUGAAAGAAUGGCAGGAGAAAUAUGCAGUCUCACCUCAGAGAAACAAUUAUUUUGUGUUACGAGAGAGACGAAUCACCAGGUUUCUCAACGAUGCACUCACAGAUACUCUAAACUUCUUCAGGCAGCUGAAGAAAUCUGUGGGCAAAGAUGCGAAAAAUGUGAGAACUCUUUUGUCAAAGAAGUUUGGUGAAAGUUGUCUCCCUGUUUGUUCAUCUGCCCUGGUUCCCGUCUAUCUGAUGAUCCAGUGCCGCGGUGUCCCAGCCAUCAAUGGCCAGAUAUGUGUUCCAUCUGAGGAAGAUUUGACAGCACUGGCCAGAGACAAGACAUACAGUGGGCCACUGGAACCCCAGCAUAAAGAUCCAUUUCUGGCACAGAGAAGAGCAGAGAGGCUGCUGAGGUUAAAGCUAAGGAAAAAGAAAAGGAGGGGGAAGAAAUCAGCUGGUGUUGUGGGUGUGGCAGGACUCACUGGUCAGGUAUCAACUGGACCUGCCCAGGCUACAUCAACUGGUCAGGCAUCAACUGGACCUGCCCAGGCUACAUCAACUGGUCAGGUAUCAACUGGACCUGCCCAGGCUACAUCAACUGGUCAGGUAUCAACUGGACCUGCCCAGGCUACAUCAACUGGUCAGGCAUCAACUGGACCUGCCCUGGCUACAUCAGCUGGACCUGGUCAGCUAAUAUCAGCUGGUCAGACACCAGUAAUUGGACUAGCGCAGGCAACAUCAACAGAUCGGGUUACAGGAUCCGGACCUGAGGUCACUCAAGCAGAUGUCAGGCUGUUGAGUCACACCUCUCGUCCAGUUAUGGGCUUCAUCACUGGAGGUGACUUUCACCUUGGCAUAGGUCAAGGUUCAGGGCUGGGCUUCUGCUCUGUGUUGGCUGUGUUAGAUCUCCUGGAGAAACAACAGGGGAGGCGGCACUGCACAGUGCUGGUGCGCAACCCAACAUCCUUGCAGUAUAGGUUUGCUGCCAUGUCUCUUGUCAUGUGACCAGUGGUGUUGUCAUGUGACCAGUGGUGAUGUCUUGUCAUGUACCAGUGGUGUCUUGUCAUGUGACCAGUCGUGGUGUCUUGUCAUUGACCACUGGUGAUGUCAUGUGACCAGUGGUGAUGUCAUAUCAUGUGACCAGUGGUGAUGUCAUGUGACCAGUGGUGAUGUCUUGUCAUGUGACCAGUGGUCAUUUCAUGUGACCAGUGAUUAUGUCAUGUGACCAGUGAUGAUGUCUUGUCAUGUGACCAGUGAUGAUGUCUUGUCAUGUGUCCAGUGAUGAUGUCUUGUGACCAGUGGUCAUGUCAUGUGACCAGUGGUGAUGUCUUGUCAUUGACCAGUUGUUCUUGUCAUGGGACCAGUGGUGAUGUCAUGUGACCAGUAGUGGUGACAUGUCCAUGU